AUGGCGUCAAAAGAACUACGUAGAUUAGUUUUUGUCACGGGAAACAAGAAUAAACUCGCCGAGGUUCAAGCAAUUCUUGGAACCUCUGUUAAUUUGGUUGACCACAAGCUUGAUUUGUCUGAAAUCCAAGGGAACACACGUGAAGUUGCUUCUGAUAAAUGCCAAAGGGCAGCCAAGGAAAUAAAUGGAUCAGUCAUUACGGAAGACACAGCUUUAUGUUUCAACGCGUUGGGUGGUCUUCCUGGACCUUACAUAAAAUGGUUUUUAGAGAAAUUAGGACAUGAUGGUUUAAAUCGUAUGCUGGCGGGAUUCGAUGAUAAAUCUGCAUACGCUUUAUGCACAUUUGCCUAUUCUCGAGGACCUGAUACAGAACCAAUCCUUUUCGAAGGAAUAACUCACGGAACGAUUGUUCCUCCGCGUGGUCCUAAUAAUUUUGGGUGGGACCCGAUAUUUCAACCAGAUAGCUAUGAAUUAACAUACGCCGAAAUGGCUAAAGAUAUAAAAAAUACCAUUUCUCAUCGGUACAAGGCCUUAGAGAAAUUGAAAGAGUUUCUCAAUUCUAAUUCAGAUUGA